AUUUAAGUAUUUACAACUAACUAUAUUUGACAAAAGGAACUGGAUGAAAUGGACACAUAAUUUUUGUUUAUGUGUGUCAUGAAGAAAUAGACAUAUAUUAUUCAUUUUGGAUUUGUUGAAAUCUAAACUUUUUUCGUUUUGUUGAAUAUGAGUGGAGUUUCUGACUUUGCAAUGUUUCGAUUUAAUUUUUGGCAAAAGCCAUUUCUCUCUCACCAUGCUGCUGUCCUUGCAGCCUCCCAGUUUAAUGCGAUGGAAAAUUCGUCCUACCUUCCGAAUCCCCUCACCUCACCAGCUCUGAUGGUCCUAGCUUCAACGGCUGAGGGUCAUGAAGGGGGGCGCCUAGCGGCCCCACCUCAUCCAUACUCCUCGAGUGCGGACGGAAAAGAGAUGGUUUCACCGUACGGGAAUCCUCCAUUCACAAUGUACAGGCCAGGGGACCCUUUCCCCCCUCCCAUGUACUCUGGGGUGCCACAUUUCGUACGGUCUGACCGAAACAUGGGAAUCAUGCCCCCGGCAGCCAGCAGUGCAUUCCGACCCGUCAGUACUGACUCAGAAAGUUCUUAUCACUCGGCUUUUGGACCGUCGGCAAAGAAGCCGAAAUUGGAAUCUGGUUCGAAAGAAGAGGAAGGGAGAGGGGACGGUAGCCCAGAAUCAAACACUUCGGCCCAUAUUAAGGAAGAACGGCCCAAUAGCAUCAGCUCUGUCACCAACUCUGAGGGCUUGUCUGAUGGUGGAGAAUUUGACCGGGGAACGCCUGAUGAGGGAAGAACGCUAAGAAAGCUGAGGAAGAAGAGUGCCUUGGAUGGGCAAACCCCCUGUUGUCCAAUCUGUGGGCUGACCUUGAGGAAUGGGGAGGUGGACGCCCACUUUGCGUUGGAGAUGGAUCGCCUGGAGAGAAUUGUCAGGAGUGGAAGACGAUCAAGGGAUGCAACUCCGCAAGGAAGAAAGACUCUGACUUCUCCCUCGGGCCACAGACAGAGGAAAGACUCUCCCUCCAUUGAAGCAGCGUCCCAGUCCCGCUAUGAUACGUACAUGCGAAUCAAGUGUAAUCGCCAAUCAAGACUAAGUGCUAGAAGUCGUAAUCGCAAGAAACGUCCAGACGAGACGGUGUGCCCGGUGUGUAAUGACAGAGUGGUGGGGUCACCAGAGGAGCUUACUGCUCAUGUAGAAGUCUGUCUGAAGAGAAAGUCUGAGGAGGAUGAGCCGGUGGAUGUAGAGGGAGACGAGCAGUGUGAGGAGUACACCUGGGCCGGACAGACCCGGAUCAGGGCCACAACCCUCCUACAGGGGGGACUCGGAGGUUCAGGGUUCCAGACAUACAGCAGCAAGAGACACAUAGAGGAGGACAUUGACCUGGACGUUGAUGGGGAUGACUCCAAGCAGUACGGAGAGCCUCAAUUCAGUGAGGCCGACAUUAUUCCUUGUUCCUCAGAGGAGCCUGGUGAGGACAAAGAGAGGGCAGCACUAAGAGGAGCCAUACUGGGCUCUUCAGCUUCAUCAUCCACCACCAAUCCUGAAAAUUCAGGCUCCCCUGCUGAUUCUGACAGUCCAGAUGAAAAUUCUGACCCUCUCCCCCCCAAAAGUGAUGACAAUUUCUCGGGGUCUGCAGUAGAAGUUAUUGCUGCCUUAAAACUGAAGAUAAGGGAUCAGGAAAAAGUGAUGAAAAAGGACAAGUCAAAAUGUCUCAUCUGUAUGGAGCCCUAUACCAACCCGCUGACCUCCAUUCAGUGCUGGCAUGUGCACUGUGAAGACUGCUGGCUAAAAACUCUAGGCGCCAAGAAGUUGUGUCCCCAGUGUAACAUGAUAACGGCAGCCACAGACCUUAGGAGGAUUUAUCUGUGAGGGGGAGAGAGAGAAGGAGCCACAGACCUUAGGAGGAUUUAUCUGUGAGGGGGAGAGAGAGAAGAAGAAGAAGAAGAAGAAGAAGAAGAGGGAAAAUAGGACAAUCCUGAUGUGGGAGAGACAAGCCAAGACGGGGAUGCUCUGGACGACUGUAUCGGCUAACCUCCAUCAGUCUUGGAAUAACUGUGAUUCAUGAUAGUGCUUUGCCACAAAAUUCAUACAUGGUGGCUUCAUUAUGCAAAGAUUGACUGAGCAAAGGAACAAGUUACGUGUAACUGCUUUUAAUUAUGUAAAAUUUGCAUUAAAGUGAAUUGAUGAAAUAUUCUCAACUCACAUAUUUGAACAUGUAUUUAAUUAUUGUCAUUGUUUCAGUGAAACAUAUAUUGAAUUUCACUCGAAUUUGUUAUCAGUUCAUAUUUUUGUUCAUGACUUGGAAAAUAAAUUAUUCUUAUUAAAUCAA